UUUUUUUUUCCAAUAUACCCCCUAACUUCGGCAAAAAGGGCUCUCCAGAGUUUGAGGGACUAGGGUUUCUGUGAAGAAGAAUGUCGGAUGAGCUCUUUGGAGGAACUGUUUUGGGAUCAGCAGCAGCAGUCAAUGAAUUGGUGAAAGCUGUUUUGAAUUACGUGACGAACAGAGCCAUCAAGUUCAGUUCCAUACUAAAAAGCCUCAAUCAAUAGUAAGAUCAAUAGAACGAUUCUUUGCUGAGAUCAUAAAGCUGAACAAAUCGUUGAAUCGUCCCGUGCACCAAAGCUUAAAUCAAUUAAAAAUGCCUGAAAAUGCUCGAAAAUUCGAUGGUGGAAUUACUGCAAGAAACAAACAAGCUCUGAAGGAGUCAAUCGAAGAACAUUCUGGUGAAAUUGAAUGAAUUAGAUGCGGGAAGACUACGUUGUCAAAAAUUCUCCGUCUGGAAUUGAAGUGAAUGAAUGUAUUUUGAAAUGAAAGGAAGAACCAUAAUUUAUUAGGAUCUUCUGCUAUAAGGAUCAUUUCACAUGAUGGAGAGCAGAAGUUGCAGAGCCAUUUUUAAACCUAAUCCAACAAGCUUUUACUCGGAAGUUUCGACCCCAAAACACGCUUUUUUGGCAGAUACGACUUGAAUUCCUGGAAAAAUCGGAGAAACUCAAAAAAAAAAAAAAAAAAUUACACGCGGUACCUUCAUUAUAAAAUAAAAACAGAAGAUUGAGAGAAACACAUAUCCUCUUGAUAUUCAGUGAAUUGGGUUUUUUCUGUUACUUUUCAAAAACGAAAGAGGAAAGAAUUUUUUUUUUUCGUGCUAAUAAACUUUACCUUCUUUGUUUCUGUGAUUUAGUAAAAUUUGAGCACUUCCUUAUAUUUCUACUACAUCUGAUGGGGCUGGAGUUUAUUGGUGGGGCUGCAUUGGAAGCAGCAUUUGGUGAAUUACUGAAAGCUGUGUUGGAUGUCAAAGGCAAAACCAUCAACUUCAAGUCCAACCUCAGCCAACUCGAAUCGAGACUCAAUUCACUCCACCCAAUUGUACGUGAAAUUGCGAACUUGGACAGAGUACUGGACUGUCAGGGGGAAGAAGCCAAAAUGUUCACCGAACGGUUGAAAGAGGCUGCGAAGCUGGUCCACAAGUGCUCGAAAACUCUCUGUUUGAAUUGUUUCAAGAGGUCUUCCUACCCGAAGAAACUAAUCGAAAUGGAAGAUUUGCUUGUGAAAUUCUUUCAGACCAAUGUGCAAGCUCUGGAUACAAGGGAGAGCAGGAAGAUUCUGGUGAAGGUGAAUCAAAUAGAUGCGAAAUUGGGUAGAAUGUGGUCGGGUAUGAAGAAAGGUGGACAGGUUUGUGAUCCAAAUGUGUUUGUAGGUUCGUGUGGAGCUCCGGGGGUUCCCAAUUUUGUUGUUGGACUAGAUGUGCCUCUUCAAGAAUUGAAGAUGAAGUUGCUAAAGGAUGGUGUGCAGGUGGUAGUGCUUUCGGCUCCUGGAGGAUGUGGGAAGACUACAUUGGCGAAAAUGCUCUGCCAUGAUGCCGAAAUUGAAGGAAAAUCUAGGGACAAUAUUUUCUUUGUGACGGUUUCAAAGACACCCAACCUCAAGGCCAUUGUUCGCAACAUGUUUCAACAUAAGAAUUUCCAGGUGCCUGAGUUUCAAAAUGAUGAUGAUGCAAUUGACAAAUUGGGAAACUUGUUGAGACAGAAUGAAAUAGGAACAAGUCCCAAAUUGUUGGUCCUGGAUGAUGUAUGGUCAGGAUCAGAAUCCCUUAUUCAGAAAUUCAUGUUCCCAAUACCAGAAUACAAAAUUUUGGUUACAUCAAGAUUUGUAUUUCCUAGAUUUGAUUCUACCUAUAAAUUGGAGCUGUUGAAUGAUCAGAAUGCCAUGACUCUUUUUUGUAAUUCAGCAUUUCCUCAAGGUGGGAGCUCCAACAUACCAGAUGAUCUUGUCAAUGAGAUAGUGAGAGGCUGUAGAGGAUUCCCACUGGCCCUUACAGUGGUUGGUGGAUCACUGUGUGGACAACCUGAGGUGUUCUGGAGACGUACACUGAAGCAAUGGUCUGAAGGACAAUCCAUUUUUUAUUCCAACAGUGAUUUGCUUAUUUCUCUCCAACCUAGCGUAGAUGCCUUGGGUGAAAAAAAUAAUGUCGGGGAAUGUUUCCUGGACCUAGGCUCAUUUCCUGAAGAUCAAAGGAUCCCUGCCACCGCUCUUAUCGAUAUUGGGGUGGAACUAUACAACCUAGACGAAGACUGUGCUCUUGCCAACAUCUAUGAACUAUCCUCCCGAAAUUUGGUUAAUCUUGUUCUUACAAGGAAAGAUGCAAUCGAGGUUGAUGGCCAUGAGCGUUUUGUCAUGCAGCAUGAUCUGCUGAGAGAGCUGGCUAUUCACCAGAGUAGCCUAGAGCCUGUAGAACAGAGGAAAAGAUUAAUUAUGGACAUAAGAGGAAAUAACCUUCCCAAGUGGUCGAUUGAACAAAUGCAGAAACCCUUCCAAGCCCACCUCUUGUCCAUCUCUACAGAUGAAACAUUCUCCUCAAGCUGGUGCAAUAUCCAACUACCCGAAGUUAAAGUUCUAAUAUUGAAUUUCUGGACAAAGAACUACAGCCUACCUGAAUUUGUGGAGAAAAUGGACCAAUUGAAGGCUCUGAUAAUAACAAAUUAUGGUGUCUGCUCAUCUAAACUGAGCAACUCUCCUUUACUUGGUUCUUUGUCCAGUCUAAAGAGAAUCAGGCUAGAGAAUAUUUCAGUUUCUUUCCUUAGUAAAUCCACAUUACAAUUCACGAAUUUGCAGAAGCUAUCCUUAAUUAUGUGUGAGAUUGGUGACGCCUUUACAAACUGUACCAUCGAUAUGCCCCAUGUGUUCCCAAAUCUUUUGGAGAUUGAUAUCGACUGUUGCAUUGAUUUAGUUAAAUUGCCUGAGGGGCUUUGUGACAUUCCCUGCCUUAAGAAGCUUAGCAUCACUAAAUGUCAUGAUCUGGAAGCACUUCCUGAAGGAUUUGGAAGGCUAACAAGUUUGGAAUUGCUGAGGCUUCAUGCCUGUACAAACCUUUUGGGGCUACCCGAGUCAAUAGGAAGCCUUCAUGAAUUAAGAGUUCUUGAUAUAUCUGACUGUUUAAGCAUGAGUGAAUUGCCAAUGGGGAUCAGUGGGUUGUGUUGUUUGAAAAAGCUCGACAUGAGAGGCUGUGAAUUUCCAAAGUUGCCGCCAUCGGUAAAGGAUCUUUGGCAAUUAAAGGAUGUGAUAUGUAACGAAGAGGCUUCAUUUCUUUGGGAACCUUUUAAGACUUAUCUCAGCAAUCUGAAGAUAAAUGUGCUUAAUGAAGACAUUAACUUGAACUGGCUUCCCAAUCUCCACUUCUGAGAAACCAUAAGAAAAUGAUGUCUGACUGUCAAGCAAGGUGAAAAUGCACUCAAGAUUGUUCGAUUUUUGACAUCAAUCAUGGUAGUCAGGCAUUUAAAGAAUAUUCAUGUGUGAUGAAGAUGCAUACCCGUGGAAAGCAAUACUGUAUAUAGACAAUGUUAACUGUAUAAAUGUAUAUUUUUUUCCCUUGGUAUGUAAUAAUGUAUAGUGUUUAGACAAUGUUAAAUGUAUAAAUGUGAGAAGUGAAUUCAUAAUUGUUCCCUAUGAUAUUAAUGUCCUUGGAAUGUUAUAGAGACAGGUCACAGCCCUCCAUGUUUGGAUCUA